UGUGUGCCUGUCCGCUUGCCUGUCCGGAGGGAUAUGAAAUUAUACGUUGUUGUGUUUGCAAGUAAUUGCUGAAUUCCGGUACAUACACACUAACCAAGAUGGUCAGAAAGAAAAUAGAUAAUCGCAUACGCAUCCUGAUUGAAAAUGGAGUUGCAUCGGGACAUAGAACAAUGUUUGUUGUUGUGGGAGACAAGGGACGAGAUCAGGUGGUCAUCCUGCACCACAUGCUCUCCAAGGCCAGCGUCCGCGCUCGGCCCAGCGUGCUCUGGUGCUACAAGAAGGACCUCGGCUUCAGCAGCCACCGCAAGAAGCGCAUGCGGCAGCUGCAGAAGAAGAUCAAGUCUGGCAACCUGAACGUGAACGAGGACGACCCGUUCGAGCUGUUCGUGGCGUCGACCAACAUCCGCUACUGCUACUACAAGGAGACGCACAAGAUCCUGGGCCAGACGUACGGCAUGUGUGUCCUGCAGGACUUUGAGGCGCUGACGCCGAACCUGCUGGCGCGCACGCUGGAGACGGUGGAGGGCGGCGGCGUGAUCGUGCUGCUGCUGCGCUCCGUCACCUCGCUGCGCCAGCUCUACACCAUGAGCAUGGACGUGCACGGCCGGUACCGCACUGAGGCGCACCAGCACGUGGUCGGCCGGUUCAACGAGAGGUUCAUCCUCUCUCUGGCGUCAUGUCGGCACGCGCUGGUGAUGGACGACCAGCUGAACCUGCUGCCGCUCAGCUCGCACGUGCUGCAGCUGGAGGCGCUGCCGAAGCGCUCGGCGUCCGACCCGCCGUCGGCCUCCGAGCGGCAGCUGACCGAGCUGCGAGACAGCCUGCAGGACACGCAGCCGGUGGGCGCGCUGGUGGGCUGCUGCCGCACCGCCGACCAGGCCAAGGCGCUACUCAAGUUUGUGGAGGCCAUCAGCGAGAAGCGUCUGCGCUCCACCGUAUCUCUGACGGCCGCCCGGGGCCGCGGAAAGUCGGCCGCGCUCGGGCUGGCCAUCGCCGCGGCCGUCGGCUUCCAGUACUCCAACAUAUUCGUCACCUCGCCGAGUCCCGAGAACCUGAACACCCUGUUCGAGUUCGUGCUGAAGGGCUUCGACGCCAUGGACUACCAGGAGCACCUGGACUACGAGCUGAUCCAGAGCACCAACCCCGAGUUCAACAAGGCCGUGGUGCGCGUGAACGUCUUCAAGGAGCACCGGCAGACCAUCCAGUACAUCCACCCAAGUGACUCGGUGAAGCUGGGCCAGGCCGAGCUAGUGGUGAUUGACGAGGCGGCCGCCAUUCCGCUGCCGCUGGUCAAGGCGCUGCUCGGGCCCUACCUGGUCUUCAUGUCGUCCACCAUCAACGGGUACGAGGGCACGGGCCGCUCUCUGUCGCUCAAGCUGCUGGAGCAGCUGAGGUCCCAGAGCGGCGCCGGCUCCACCGCCGCCAAGGCCGGCGCCGAGGCGCAGAACGCCGGACGGACCCUGGUCGAGGUGUCUCUGGACGAGUCGAUCCGGUACCGGCCCGGCGACCCGAUCGAGUCCUGGCUGAACGCGCUGCUCUGUCUGGACGCCAGCGCGGUGCGGCCGCUGAGCACCGGCUGCCCGCCGCCCGAGCACUGCGAGCUCUACUAUAUCAACCGAGACACGCUCUUCUGCUACCACCGCGCCUCUGAGGCUUUCCUGCAGCGGCUCGUCUCGCUCUACGUCGCCUCGCACUACAAGAACACGCCCAACGACCUCCAGAUGAUGUCUGACGCGCCGGGCCACCACCUGUUCUGUCUGCUGGGGCCCGUGGCAGCCAGCCAGUCGCUGCUGCUGCCGAGAUCCUCUGCAAAUCCUCUGCGUCAUACAGGUGAGAGAGUGAGCCGACAGACCCCAUCGGGGCCCGUGGCGGCCAGCCAGUCGCUGCUCCCCGAGAUCCUCUGCGUCAUACAGGUGUGUCUGGAGGGCGAGAUAUCCAAGACAUCCAUCCUGGACGGCCUGUCUCGCGGGAAGCGCGCCGCCGGCGACCUGAUCCCCUGGAACAUAGCGCAGCAGUACCAGGACAAGGAGUUCCCGCAGCUGUCGGGCGCCAGGGUGGUGCGCAUCGCCACCCACCCCGACUACCAGGGCGUGAGUGGCCGUGGGGCCGG